CCUCCAUCCCCACUUCACCGACUCCCACACUCGGCAGCCGCGCCAGACGAUGCAGCUGCCGCCCGCGCUCUCGCUGCCGAGCAGCCGCACGCUGCGCACGCGGCUGCGGCCGCUCGUCGUGCUCGGCGCCGUCGCCGGCGGCGCCUAUGCCCUCGUCGGCACGGCCGUGCGCGUGCUGCAGGAGAGCCAGCAGCGCCUGGCCGACGAGCGCCGCGACCGCGAAAACUUGAAGCGCCGCUUUGCGCAGAACCAGGACGACGUCAGCUUCACGGUGCUCGCGCUCCUCCCGACGCUGGCCGAGCAGCUGUGGGCACAGAUGGACGUCGAGGCGGUGACGGCCAGUCUGCAGCAGGGCAGGAAGCUGCCGGCGCCGGCACAGCCGCAGCAGAUCGAGCAGCCGGCUGCGCGGCAAGAGGAGCCAGAGGUCGAGCCGUAUGCUACGACCAACGGCGCUGCAGAGCAAGGAGCGCAGGCAGAGCCAGACGCCCGGACGGAUUCUCCCGCCGCAGUCGACGCAGGAGCAGAGGCCUCUGACGCAGCUCCGGCAGCGGCCGAGCCUAGCGCCCCAGUCGAAGGCGCUGCUGCCGCUGCCACAGAUAGCGAGCCCGCCGCUUCGGCUGCUGCCUCAGCGCCGCUCGAGGCACAGCCAUCCUCGGACGCCGCGCCGGCCGCAGCUGCCUCGGCGGUCGAUGUCGAUGUCGCUGCCGCCGCGGCCGCCGACACUGCCUCGCAGCCUGCAGACGCCGCAGCUGCGCCCGGCGCAGAGGCCGCAGCAGCCGCUGCCGACGUAGAGGCACAGCCCGAGGCACUGCCCAAGAAGCUGCGCAGUCUCUCUGCGUCCGCCGCUGCGUUCGUGCCUAAAGGCAUGGCGCAGCCGCCGGCUCUGCCACAGGAGGUGCUGUCGGAGGGCAAAGAGAUGGUGGAAGACAAGGUGGAGACGCUGCAGCAGGAACAAGCACAAGCGCAGGGCGGGCAGGGGGAGAAGCCGCACUUGAAUGGCGAUGCUCCGGCUGAUGAGGCGGCGCCAGAUGAGCAACCCGCAUCAGAAGCGGUGGGCGGAAGCGCACUGGAUAGCAUUGCCGAGCCCCCGCCGCCAGCGAUCCCUGCGGACGCGCGCCUGGCACCUCCCUCCGCGGCUGAGCAGCGCUCCUCCGGAGAGGCCGCUCACGAUGCCGCAGCAUCCACCAACGGCACAGAGGCGCCGCUCUCGAAUGGAGUCGCAGCGCACGAAGCCGAGGCGGACACCACGGCCGAGCGGGAAGACUCCUCCCCUCCCACACCGCCGGCGGUGCCGGAGCUGAACGAGGAAGAGAAGAAGGAGCAGCUGCGGAGAGAGCAGCGCGCCAAGCUGGAACUGUGGAACGAGCUGCGCAUCGUUUCCAUCUCCCGCACUCUCACCUCCCUCUACGCUCUCGUCCUUCUCACGCUUCAGACCUCAGUGCAGCUCAACGUGCUGGGACGCCGCGCCUACCUCGACUCCGUCUCUGCGCUCUACCCGCGCGCCGCGCCUUCUGCGCCCUCGGAUGGGCCGCAUCAGAUCCGUCUGGAGCCCGGAGGCGCCGGGACCGGCGCAGAUGGCUGGGGCCGCCUGGACGAGGAGGAGGAAGAGAAGGAGAGAAAGGAGACGGAACAGCUCUUCCUGACGUUCAGCUGGUGGUUCCUGCAUCGCGGCUGGGAGGAGAUCGCAGCGCUGGUGCGCGAGAGCGUGGGCGAGGUGUUCGGCUCUCUGCCACUCAAGACGCCCCUCUCGCACGCCGACUUCCUCGCGCAUCUCGCCGACGUGCGUCGGCGCAUCGAGUACGAUGGCGAUGCCGAGGCAGGCGGACUCGGCGCCAGCAUGAUGUCGGAUGUGCGUUCGGAGCGGAGCGGUCUGAGCUCUAUGCGACGAGGCAAGCGACGCAACUUCGCGACGGCGCUGUACCCCGCAGGCGAGGAGGCAGAGCUCGACGUCCUCGUGCGCGCCGGCGCCGUGACUCGCGACUCUUCGCGCAUUCCUGCGGCGCUGCGCGCCUUGCUCGACGAGACGCGCGACGUGCUCGAGUCGCGCGACUUCCGGCGCGUGCUGCGCCUGUCGCUCAGCCGCGUCUUUGCGGAGCUCGACGAGGCCCUGCGCCCGGCGUUCGGCGUCGCGCCGCCCAAGCCGCCGGGCGUGCCGAGCAUGACGCUGGAGAGAUUCAGGGAGGUGGAGGAGGAGGAAGAGGAGGGGAAGCGCGUCAGGCUCGCGGCGCUCUUGCCGGCAAUCGCGAGACAGAGCCAGCUGAUCCUCUGUGCGGUGCCCAACACCUAUGCCGAGGCACUGGCAGAUCUCAACGAGCUCAAGGCCUGGUCGGCCAUUGUGUAUACCGCGUGGGACCGGUAGAUCAGUCACCUCGCACCAAAAUGGAAUCGGGGUCUAAUGCAUGCCCACGGCGAUGCGUGCUGUAGAUGACGGGUGACGGGGAGAGGGGCGCGAGGUGAUGCUACAGAAGUGACGUAUGCGAGAAGGAGCAUGGCGCAAUGGCAGC